GGAACAACAACUGAACCAAGUGGCGUAUUCCAGGCUCAGCUGAACUUUCGGGGUUUGCUCUGUUCAUUGAACAUGCCAGUCAGAUCCAGAUAAAAUCCGGGACGUGGACGUGGUACUUGAAUAUCUCGAAUUAACUUGCCUGAACUUCAAGUGCGUUUGCCAUGUAUUGAACAAGUUUAUUUUCGCAUGGUCAAAAUGGUCCCAACAAUCCUGUUGCUGUCUUUCCUAGGGACAGCAUGGGGCAAUCCUCUAGUCUCUCGUGCCACUUCUAUCAUAGCCGACGGCUCCCAGGUCCCAUCCUCAGAAUCACCCGCCUUUCCAAGUCCUGCAGGCGAGUCAACUUGCUACACCAGCAGUCAAUGGCUCGUCAUCUCCGGUACAAGCAUAUUCUGGCCAACCUCCACCAACUACCUCUAUGGACCAACCGACAACCCUGACGUCGACUGCGCAGCGCAAUGGAUGCAAUAUGAUGCCCGAUCAAGCGGCCUCGAGUCUCUGGGCCCUACCGCGACAUCAACAUUAACGGAACUAAUCCCGACCAGCACAGGCGCCUGCAGGACAAGCAGCCACCUUGAAAGAUCUGACGAUAUCCAUACCGGCCCUGUUACCACACUUUGCGACGGGCAUGCGCGCGCCCUCGGCCCCCCAGAAACCGUGACAGACUAUUACCCUGGCACAGGACCAUGCAGCACCUUCUACCUCCCCACAACUAUCACAACAACUCUCUACAACUCUCCCUCUGGCUCCCCAGCUUGCCAUCUUCAUCGCGAAGGCUGCAAGGCCGUCUGGGAAACAUACAAAAGCCGCUCACUUGCCUACAAGUCAAGUAUCUCCGUUUCUGUCCCAGGCGACACAAACAGUCCCCUCGUCCCCGGCCGCUGCCCUAUGACAACACGCGACAGGCCAGAGCAAUGCGGUAGCUGCCACUUUCUUCCCGACACCGCAACGCUAUUUUACUGGCCCGUUACAACCGCCAGUGGCGAACUCUGCGCUCAAAAUGGAACCACAAUCCCCGCUACACCGACUGGUAACGGCCCUAAUACAGCACUGCUAGGAAGUCAAACUCUUGUCUCACCCAGUGCCUAUAUUUUCUUCACAUCAAUUUACGCCUGGGGUAAUAGUAAUCACGCCGGGCAGUGUGGCGCAUACCAUGAAAACAAGAUGAUCUCUGUGCAUCCAACAGCCAUCACUUCACGGAGAGGACACAGAAAUGCGCGGUAUCCCACCCGUGGAACAGCGUAUCCGUUUAACUUUGCAGAGUUUUUCCCUCAGACGAUAGGUAACUAUACACAGCCUCUAAUCCCCUGGCCGCAGUAUUGGGGUGGGUCGCAGUGUGGCGUGUAUGAUUCUGCCUGUACAAUGAUCCGGAAUGAUUAUUUGCCUUUCAUCGAUAUGCCGGAUGCGGUAACGCAGAUCGACGCCAAGUGGGAGAGCUGUGAUCGGAGUUGGUAUAUCCCAGCUGUGACUUUGGUGCCGAUAGUGGAUGGGACUGUUAGCUUUCCGAGCCCAACGCCUACCAGGGAUGGAAACGCAGAGGAAAUACUGGGGUUAGAAGAAGCAGUACCACAGGGCUCAGUGGGUGCGCCGACGCCGACACCGACGCCCUUGUCGACGGAAAGUCUGGGAUGGUGAGCGGCUUGGUACAUCGGUAUUGAGAGGUGGUAUUCAAGGUUGCGCGGACCAUUAGCAUCAGUGCACUUUGUGCACUAUUAGCUUCGCGCAAGCAAAAGCAACGGACUGUGGUGAAAUAUAGGGGACGCGUAGGAGACAUUUGUUACGAAAACACCAUAUAUAUAGAUGGUGGUUAGACGUACCAAACAAGGAGUUGGAUAUUUUAGUCAUUUGAGCCUAGUAGUGAACCUAAGCCCGCUAUGUUGAUAACAAGUAUUCGUUGUGAAAAGCCAAGGCUCGAUCAAUUAAGCGAUAGAGUUCUAUAAAGUGCUAUACAAUGCUUUACUCGCAAAACAUUUCC